AGUCGGCUUUCGUGCCAGAGUGCGGCGCGAGUUCCGGAGCGCGCACGUCGGGCGCGCUGCUCCUCCGUCGGUGGGCGGCGGCGAGCGGAAGUGCCUGGGAGCGCCAGUUCCGUCUGUGAGUGUUCGAGUGGACAAGAUGGCGAAGAUCGCCAAGACUCACGAAGAUAUUGAAGCCCAGAUUCGAGAAAUUCAAGGCAAGAAGGCAGCUCUUGAUGAAGCCCAAGGAGUGGGCCUUGAUUCCACAGGUUAUUAUGACCAAGAAAUUUAUGGUGGAAGUGAUAGCAGAUUUGCUGGAUAUGUGACAUCAAUUGCUGCAACUGAACUUGAAGAUGAUGACGAUGACUACUCAUCAUCUACCAGUCUGCUCGGUCAGAAGAAGCCUGGGUACCAUGCCCCCGUGGCACUGCUUAACGACAUACCACAGUCGACAGAGCAGUACGAUCCAUUUGCUGAACAUCGUCCUCCGAAGAUUGCAGACCGGGAAGAUGAGUACAAAAAGCAUAGGCGGACCAUGAUAAUUUCCCCAGAGCGUCUUGAUCCUUUUGCAGAUGGAGGGAAGACCCCUGACCCUAAAAUGAAUGCCAGAACUUACAUGGAUGUUAUGCGGGAACAGCAUUUGACCAAGGAAGAGAGAGAAAUUAGGCAACAGCUAGCAGAAAAAGCUAAAGCUGGGGAGCUUAAAGUCGUGAAUGGAGCAGCAGCGUCCCAGCCCCCCUCAAAACGAAAACGGCGCUGGGAUCAAACCGCCGACCAGACUCCUGGUGCCACUCCCAAAAAGCUGUCAAGUUGGGAUCAGGCAGAGACCCCUGGACAUACCCCUUCUUUAAGAUGGGAUGAGACACCAGGUCGUGCAAAAGGAAGUGAAACUCCUGGAGCAACCCCAGGUUCAAAAAUAUGGGAUCCUACACCUAGUCACACACCUGCGGGAGCUGCUACUCCUGGACGAGGCGAUACCCCAGGCCAUGCAACCCCAGGCCACGGCGGUGCAACUUCCAGCGCUCGUAAGAACAGAUGGGAUGAGACCCCCAAAACAGAAAGAGAUACCCCUGGGCAUGGAAGCGGAUGGGCUGAGACGCCUCGAACAGAUCGAGGUGGAGACUCUAUUGGUGAAACACCAACUCCUGGAGCAAGCAAAAGAAAGUCUCGUUGGGAUGAAACGCCAGCUAGUCAGAUGGGUGGAAGCACUCCUGUUCUGACCCCAGGAAAGACACCAAUUGGCACGCCAGCCAUGAACAUGGCCACUCCCACGCCAGGUCACAUAAUGAGUAUGACUCCUGAGCAGCUGCAGGCAUGGCGGUGGGAGAGAGAAAUUGAUGAGCGGAACCGCCCACUUUCUGAUGAAGAAUUAGAUGCUAUGUUUCCAGAAGGAUAUAAGGUCCUUCCCCCUCCAGCCGGUUAUGUCCCUAUCCGGACCCCAGCUCGGAAGCUGACCGCAACCCCCACGCCUUUGGGCGGCAUGACUGGGUUCCACAUGCAGACGGAAGACAGAACUAUGAAGAGUGUCAGUGACCAGCCGUCCGGGAAUCUUCCGUUCCUGAAACCUGAUGACAUCCAGUACUUUGAUAAGCUGUUGGUUGAUGUCGACGAGUCAACCCUUAGUCCAGAAGAGCAAAAGGAGAGAAAAAUAAUGAAGUUGCUUUUAAAAAUUAAGAAUGGUACACCUCCAAUGAGAAAGGCUGCUUUACGUCAGAUUACUGAUAAAGCUCGAGAAUUUGGGGCUGGACCUUUGUUUAACCAGAUUCUUCCUUUGUUGAUGUCUCCUACACUUGAGGAUCAAGAGCGUCAUUUACUUGUGAAAGUCAUUGAUAGAAUACUGUAUAAACUUGAUGACUUGGUGCGGCCGUAUGUGCACAAGAUUCUUGUGGUUAUUGAACCACUGCUGAUUGAUGAAGAUUACUAUGCUAGAGUGGAAGGCAGAGAAAUUAUUUCUAAUUUGGCAAAGGCCGCUGGUCUGGCUACUAUGAUCUCUACCAUGAGACCCGACAUAGAUAACAUGGAUGAGUAUGUCCGGAACACAACGGCUAGAGCUUUUGCUGUUGUAGCCUCUGCCCUGGGCAUUCCUUCUCUAUUGCCCUUCUUAAAAGCGGUGUGCAAAAGCAAGAAGUCCUGGCAAGCGCGGCACACGGGCAUUAAGAUUGUGCAGCAGAUAGCUAUUCUCAUGGGCUGCGCCAUCCUGCCGCAUCUCAGAAGCCUAGUGGAGAUCAUCGAACAUGGGCUUGUGGAUGAGCAGCAGAAAGUCCGGACCAUCAGUGCUUUGGCCAUUGCUGCUUUGGCUGAAGCAGCCACUCCUUAUGGUAUCGAGUCUUUUGAUUCUGUGCUCAAACCUCUAUGGAAGGGCAUCCGCCAACACAGAGGAAAGGGUUUGGCCGCUUUCUUAAAGGCUAUUGGGUAUCUUAUUCCUCUUAUGGAUGCAGAAUAUGCCAACUACUAUACUAGAGAAGUGAUGUUGAUCCUUAUUCGAGAAUUCCAGUCUCCAGAUGAAGAAAUGAAGAAAAUUGUAUUGAAGGUGGUGAAGCAGUGCUGUGGGACGGACGGUGUGGAAGCGAACUACAUUAAAACAGAGAUUCUCCCUCCUUUCUUCAAACACUUUUGGCAGCACAGAAUGGCUUUGGAUAGAAGAAAUUACCGACAGCUAGUUGAUACGACUGUGGAGUUGGCAAACAAAGUAGGAGCAGCAGAAAUUAUAUCUAGGAUUGUGGAUGAUCUGAAAGAUGAAGCCGAACAGUACAGGAAAAUGGUGAUGGAAACAAUUGAGAAAAUCAUGGGCAACCUGGGCGCAGCAGACAUUGACCACAAGCUCGAGGAGCAGCUGAUCGACGGCAUUCUCUAUGCGUUCCAGGAGCAGACCACAGAGGAUUCAGUAAUGUUGAAUGGCUUUGGCACAGUAGUUAAUGCUCUUGGCAAACGAGUCAAACCGUACUUGCCUCAGAUCUGUGGUACCGUUUUGUGGCGUUUAAAUAACAAAUCAGCAAAAGUCAGGCAACAGGCAGCUGACUUGAUCUCCCGCACUGCUGUUGUUAUGAAGACUUGUCAAGAGGAAAAACUGAUGGGGCAUUUGGGUGUGGUGCUGUAUGAAUAUUUGGGUGAAGAAUACCCUGAAGUAUUGGGCAGCAUCCUUGGAGCGCUGAAGGCUAUUGUUAAUGUAAUAGGAAUGCAUAAGAUGACACCACCCAUCAAAGACCUGCUGCCUAGACUCACCCCCAUCUUAAAGAACAGGCAUGAAAAAGUACAGGAGAAUUGUAUCGAUCUUGUUGGACGCAUUGCUGACAGGGGAGCUGAAUAUGUAUCUGCAAGAGAGUGGAUGAGGAUUUGCUUUGAACUCUUAGAGCUCCUGAAAGCACACAAAAAGGCCAUUCGAAGAGCUACUGUCAACACUUUCGGGUACAUUGCUAAGGCCAUUGGCCCUCAUGACGUAUUGGCUACGCUUUUAAACAACCUCAAAGUUCAGGAAAGGCAGAACAGAGUCUGUACCACUGUAGCCAUUGCCAUUGUCGCUGAGACGUGCUCCCCCUUCACAGUGCUCCCCGCCCUGAUGAACGAGUACAGAGUUCCUGAACUGAACGUUCAGAACGGCGUGCUGAAGUCCCUGUCCUUCCUGUUUGAGUACAUCGGGGAGAUGGGGAAAGACUACAUCUACGCCGUUACGCCUCUACUUGAGGAUGCGUUAAUGGACAGGGACCUGGUGCACAGACAGACAGCUAGCGCAGUGGUACAACACAUGUCACUUGGUGUCUAUGGCUUUGGCUGUGAAGACUCUCUGAAUCACUUAUUGAACUAUGUAUGGCCUAAUGUGUUUGAGACAUCGCCCCACGUAAUCCAGGCCGUCAUGGGAGCCCUGGAGGGCCUGAGGGUUGCUAUUGGACCUUGCAGAAUGUUGCAGUAUUGCUUACAGGGUCUGUUUCACCCAGCUCGGAAAGUCAGAGAUGUGUACUGGAAAAUCUACAACUCCAUCUACAUCGGCUCCCAGGACGCUCUCAUAGCACAUUACCCGAGGAUCUACAACGACGAUAAGAACACCUACAUUCGCUACGAGCUUGACUAUAUCUUGUAAUUUUAUCUUGUGUCUAGUACACAGCUGUUUCACACCUUAAACUUGCUUCUAUCUGAUAUAAACUUGUAAAACAUUGCAGAUCAGUGUAGAGCUGGUCAUAGAGGAAGGGUAGAAAUCCAGUAGCAUGAUUUUGAAAUAACUUUUGUUUUUGAUGUUAAACAGUAAACGCCAGUAGUGACCAAGGACGCAGUGAUUACACACACUAUACUGGAGGGAUUGUCAUUUUUUAUUCAUCUUUAUGAAGAUUUAGAAUUCAUUCCUUGUGUUUAAAGGGAAUGUUUAAUUGAGAAAUAAACAUUCGUGUACAAAAUGCUAA